GGAUCACUGCUACAGUUCUGGAGCACAUGUUGACUACAGAGCAGAGAGGAGAGCUGCCCAAGACCCUGACUGACAUGUACUCACACUUUCUGCUGGUUCAGACAAAGAGGAAGAAGAACAAGUACCAUGAGGGACAUGAGAUGAGUCCACAGGAGCUGAUAGAGGCUAACAAUGAAGUUCUUCUGAAGCUGGGGAGGCUGGCGUUUGAACAUCUGGAGAAAGGAAACAUCAUGUUCUACCAAGAAGACCUGGAGCAGUGUGGUCUGGAUGUGACAGAGGCCUCGGUGUACUCAGGAGUUUGUACCGAGAUCUUCAAAAGAGAGUGUGUGAUCUUCCAGAAACCAGUCUACUGCUUUGUUCAUCUGAGCAUUCAGGAGUUUCUGGCUGCAGUCUACGUGUUCCACUGUUUCACCAACUGGAACACAGAGGUGCUGGACUUCCUGAGGAUAGACUGGAAUGAGUCAUCUCUGGAUGGUUUCCUGAAGAGAGUCAUGAUGAUGUCCCUCCAGAGUAAAAAUGGCCACCUGGACCUGUUUGUUCGCUUCCUUCAUGGCCUCUCUCUGGAGUCUAACCAGAGACUCUUAGGAGGUCUGCUGGGUCAGACAGAGAUCAGUCCAGAAACCAUCCAGAGUGUCAUCAACAACCUGAAGAAGAUGAACAGUGAUAAAAUCUCUCCUGACAGAAGCAUCAAUAUCUUCCACUGUCUGAUGGAGAUGAAUGAACUCUCAGUACAUCAGGAGAUCCAAAAGUUCCUUAAGUCAGAGAACAGAUCAGAGAAGGAACUCUCUGAAAUCCAGUGCUCAGCUCUGGCCUUCAUGCUCCAGAUGUCAGAGGAGGUUCUGGAUGAGUUGGACCUGCAGAACUACAACACAUCAGAUCAGGGACGACAGAGACUGAUUCCAGCUGUGAGGACCUGCAGAAAGGCUCGACUGGCUGAGUGUGGACUCUCAGAGACUCACUUUGAAGUUGUGGCCUCAGCUCUGAAGUCCAACCCCUCCCAUCUGACAGAGCUGGACAUGAGUGGCAACAACCCGCAGGAUCUGGGUGUGAAGCUUCUGUGUGCUGGACUGGAGAGUCCUAACUGUCGACUGGAGACUCUGAGAUUGAAGGACUGUGGUUUGUCAGAUAUCAGCUGUGAUUAUCUGGCAGCAGCGCUGAAGUUCAACCCCUCGUAUCCUAGAGUACUGGACCUGAGUGGAUGCUACAACAACCUGCAGGAUUCAGGAGUGAAACAGCUGUGUGUUCUUCUGGAGAAUCCACGAUGUCGAUUUGAAACUCUGAGAUUGAUGGGCUGUGAUUUGUCAGGGAUCAGCUGUGAUUAUCUGGGAGCAGCUCUGAAGUCCAACUCCUCACAUCUGAGAGAGCUGUACCUAAGAGUAAACAACCUGCAGGAUUCCAGAGUGAAGCAGUUUUGUGGUUUUCUGGGGAGUCCAGGAUGUGGACUUGAAAGUCUGAGACUGGAUCACUGUGACCUGUCAGAGAGAAGCUGUGAAGCUCUGUCCUCAGCUCUCAGCUGUCAGUGCUCUAAUCUGAGAGAGCUGGACCUGAGUAACAAUAACCUGAAGGAUUCAGGUGUGAAGCUUCUGUCUGAAGGACUGAAGAGUCCACACUGUAAACUGGAAGCUCUCAGGAGAAGAUUUCCACUAGAGAGGGACCCAGAAAAGGAGCGGAGAUUACCUAAGCAUGAAGUCUGCCUCCUGCCUCGUACUCCAGCUUCGAAGUACAACUACUGGAGCUGUCCGGUUCCCCCUGGACUCUCUGUGCGGUGGCGUAUCGACCUCUGA